AUGCGUAUGAACACACUCCUGUCUCUGCUUACAGCAGUACCCAUAGCCCAAGUUGCUGCAAAAGACUUCUCAGGGUCAUGCUCCGGAAUGGCCUACUUCUCAACCAGCAUUAAGGCAUUCUGCUUCACAGCUGACAAUGAAUACUCGAAUGACUCAAGCCUAGACUUGAGAAGCUGCCUCGCCAAUGUCGGAGGCCAAGUUGUCUUCUGUGACUGUGGCCUUGCUGCUGAUAAGAAGACACUGAAUUGCCGUUGCACUGACGCUUCUGGCACAAAGAAGCCUUCAUCUUUGAACUUGGACACGUGUUUGAGUAAUACGGAUGGCAAAUUGACCUGUUGA